AUUGACCUCAAAGGAAAAGGAACGAGGAAAAGAAGAUUUGUCUCAUCUGAUUGCAUUUCACACUGUAAAUUAUCAUCUUGAACUUCCACCUCGAGCAAGCCAGCAUCCAGGACAAAGCGAUUACCGUGUUGACUUGUCUCCCAAGGCUGACCUCAUUGAAAGAUGCCGCCGCCGUUUGUUCCGAUCGCAGAGAUCCCCACCGUUUCAUUGUUGUAUAAAGUGAAACAUCUAUUCCCAGCGCCAACUCCUCUCGCGCCUCCGUCCCGAUCUUUCAAUGAUGUCAUAUCUUUGAUCCGCAGCGACAUCACCAAACUGCAGGAUGUCGAUUGCAUCGUUAAUGCCGCAAACGAAUCGCUUCUUGGCGGGGGAGGAGUUGACGGCGCCAUCCAUCGCGCCGCUGGUCCCCAGCUACUGCGGGAGUGCCGUACCCUAGAUGGCUGCGACACGGGCGAUGCCAAAAUUACCUCUGCCUACGAGCUGCCGUGCAAACGAGUUAUCCACACCGUUGGGCCGAUCUAUACAUAUGAGAUGCGACGGGGCAGUGACCGACCCAAGGCUCUGUUGCAGAGCUGCUACCGCCGGAGUCUUGAGCUGGCCGUGGAGAACGAUAUGAAGAGCAUUGCAUUCUCUGCGAUCAGCACCGGAGUCUAUGGAUACCCUAGUGACGAAGCGGCGCGGACCGCGGUCGAAGAAGCGCGGAGGUUCUUAGACGACCCGGACAAUAUUGGGAAACUGGAGAGGAUUAUAUUCUGUAAUUUUGAGGAGAAAGAUCAGGUUGCCUACCAGGAGGCCAUACCUUACUUCUUCCCUCCUGAGAACCAGAACGCCUCUGAAGCCAGCGGACAGACCGGAAUGAAGGAUACCAGUGAGUCUUCACCAUCGCCAGAGCUUCUCGCCGCCAAGCUUCCCGAUGCGCCCACCGUGGACCCUGCUUCAGAUGAUCUCCCGGAACGCAAGAAACAGAAGGUUAAUGCAGACGACCCUGGACAGAGCACUAACGUGCAGAGCGACCAUAUACUCCCAAGAAGCGAUGAAAGGAGUGAGGAUGACUGGGAGGAAGUUGACAAAUCCGAGGAUGGUCGAACGGAGCGGCUCGAAGAUGAGCCAGUUCAGGUCGAUGGACCUCCCUCCCCUACGGACGUGCAGAGCGUCCAGUCGAGUGGGAUCAUUGACAUGGAUGGAUCGCACUCGACAGAGGGAUCUUUUGCAAAGGACUUCUGAAUGGUCCUAACGAGUAGCCUGAAGGCCUCAAAGCUCAAGUUUUCUUUAUGAUUGAACGUUCUCUUACAUUGGUGUACUGGGCUGGGACAUUCAGAGAUAGUGUUCUUGUUGUGCUUUCUUCUAUAUUUAUUGCCACUGAUCUUCUCUUUAAUGCUCUCAGCUCUCUGUUGAUAUAUGUAUGCACUGGGUUAUUGUUUGUACUCAUUCUGCAUUACUAGGCCAUUGCCUCC